AUGUCCUCGGUAACCGCCCGUGCCAUUAUCUACAACGCCUACGGAGAGCCUGCAGAGACUCUCAAAUGCCACGCUUACAAGAUCGACGUCGCUAGCUUGAAGCCGGAUGAUGUUGUGGUCGAGACCGUGGCCUGCCCAAUCAACCCGUCCGACAUCAACCAGAUCCAGGGCAUCUACCCUUCCAGGCCUCCGAUUUCUGUCGACUCGUUGCCCGAAUUGAAGAGUCCUGCCGCCGUGUGCGGUAACGAGGGCCUCUUCAAGAUCAUUGCGACCGGGUCCAACGUGUCGAACUUCAAGAAGGGCGACUGGUGCAUCCCGGCGGACGUGAACUUCGGAAGCUGGUGCACCCACAAGCGGGGCCUGGACAGAGAUUUCAUCAAGGUCCCGCAAACGAUCUCCGUCAACCAGGCGGCAACGAUCUCGGUCAACCCCUCCUCGGCCUACCAGAUGUUGACGUGUUUCGAGGAAUUGAAGCCGGGAGACUGGUUCAUCCAGAACGGUGCCAACUCCCAGGUGGGCAGAGCAGCCAUCCAGAUCGGUAAGAAGCUGGGCUUGAACUCGCUCAAUAUUGUCAGAAACAGAGACGACAUCGACAAGCUUGUUGCCGACUUGACCGCGCUUGGCGCCACGAAGGUCAUCACAGAGGAUGACAACGGCUCCAAGGAAUUCGGGAAGACCAUCAAGUCGUGGUUGGACGGUAAGCAGAUUAAGCUUGGCAUGAACUGCGUUGGUGGAUCGAGUGUUACGGGGCUAGCCAGAAAGCUGGGUCCCGACGCCACCCUCUUGACCUACGGUGGCAUGUCCAUGAAGCCAGUGAUCUUGCCAACCAGCUUGUUCAUCUUCAAGAACCUCACUGCCAAGGGCUUCUGGAUCACAGGCAACAUUAAGAGAAUCCCCAACUCCAGAGUUGAUACCAUCAAGGCAGUCCUCAAGAUGAUUGAAGACGGCGACCUUGCGGAGCCAACGUACAACGAGACCAAGGCCAAGGUUUCUGACCUAACAGACAAAAAGUUGCUCGACAUCUUCACCGCAGGUUUGGCCAACUCUAAAAAGGGCAAGCAGUUGAUUCUUUUUGAGUAA